AAAAGAAAACGAGCGCAAGAAAAAGAAAAGUUAACAGUAACCUCGAUGGCGGAAAGUUGACAAGCCACCGCGCCUACGAUAUCGUUGCAGCAACUGCUCGGCAGACCGCCCUUGCCCACGCGGAGGACGCCAAUUUAUUCCCAGUGAGUGCAGCGGCGAUAUGCAGCCGACAAACUGUGUAGCGAUGCGGUGACGCACUCGGCGAGUUGCACGGCGGUCCGCAAGCUCGCACGGAGGGCGGGAGGUCCAUGCUACUACUGCUAAGCUUCUAAGCUGGUGCUUCAGCGGGCCUCAAGGGGGUGCGGCAAUGGGCGACGUCUGCUGUGGCUGCGGUUGAGGUGGCAUGUCCAGCAGCCUGGAGGCUCCCUCUCCGCCCCCACCCUCCUCCUCUCCUCCCCCGGCCCCACAGUCGGCCAUGACGGUGGAUUUCUCGGCCUUCGGGCUCUCCUCCUUCGUCGGGGGCACCGACAAUGCCACCCAGGCUCUCUACCUCUUUCCUGAGGCUGCAGCCUUUUCUCCCAAGGACCAGACAAAGGGUCCUUCGCCUCCAACUAGCCGAGCCUACGACCAUGCCGGUGAUGCUAUGCUCAGUGCCAUCAAUUACGGCGAGGAUGAGGUGCUUCACGAGGGUUUUGAGGUUCCUUUUGGCUCCCUGGAUGGUUUGCUGCGGUUGCCCCCUCGGCCGGCCACGGCCCCUGCCGAUGCUUCGCCGUUUGACCUGCUUGGGGACAGUGAGCUGCAGUUGUCGCCGCCACAGGCCUUUGGUGCGGCCACUCAUGCACAAGAUUCAGGUGUAGGGAGCACUGGUGAUCCAGCCGGAGCUUCCCUGUCUCUGUCGUGCAUCAGUCUUCCGUCGGACAAGGAGCUGGGGCGGCUGUCACCGGCACUGUCGGCUGCUGCUGCCUCUACCGGCAUUCGGCCCAUUGCCAAAGUGGGCGGCAAUGGCGGCAGGGCUCCCUCCGCACAGCCCUGCCCCGUGUGUGGCAAGGUAUUCGGAAACUCAAGUGCGCUAACCAAGCACAAGCUGACGCACUCUGACGAGCGCAAGUACGUGUGCAGCCAGUGCCACAAGGCGUUCAAGCGUCAGGACCACCUCAACGGCCACCUGCUGACGCACCGCAACAAGAAGCCCUACGAGUGCGACGUUGAGGGCUGUGACAAGAGCUACUGCGACGCCCGCUCCCUGCGUCGCCACAAGGAGAACCACCAUGCCUCGGUGGCACUCACCCUGGUGCCCUUCCAGGCCAUCCCUCUGCCGCCGCAAUUGCAACUUGUGGCAUUCCCAUCUGAAGAUGGUGGGACCUCGGUGUGGGCUCCAGUCGGGGGAACCGCACAGCGUCCUCUUUUGGUGGCACCGCCGACACAAGGGACGGCCGUGCAGCAAGCCCCACCACCACAACCGUCGCAGCAGGAAGCACAGCAGCAGAACUCCCAGCGGCAGCCUUCGCCUAGACCACCGUCGCAGCCCGAGGGUCCGCAGCUUUUGCAACAGCUCCUAGAGCCAAACAAGGCGUGGACAACUGUGCCAGCGGUCCCAUUUUCUGCAGAGGCAAUAAAUGAGCCAGUUCCCGGCCAUAGUGGCAGUUCACUGCCUUCAUCAUCAUUGGACGCUGUGCCGAUGGCAGCCACAGAAUGCCUGUGUAGCCUCUGCCAUCAGAAACUCACCAGCCUGUCUGAACUCGAGCAGCACAUGCGACUCCACCAGCCACCUGCUACAACCGCCACCACACAGAGCACAGCCAUGUUCACUCAGGGCCUUCAAGCAACGUGCCAGCCUUCCAUGGAGCGUGUUGCAGUAAGCAGGUCGACCAUGCCCAUAUUGCAACCGGACGAGGUCAUCACGUCUGUUGCACCGAGCCAACAACGCCCUCCACCACUGCUCCCGCCCCUCAACACGUGGGCCGUAAGACCCACCCGCCCGUCCGUGACUAAUACAAACAACGAGCGCCGGCGCCACUCUGACUCGGACCACUUGGCCUUUGAAGGCAGCAGUGGUCUUCUGGCCGACCUCUUACUGGGGCCUCGCCGCACUUGUAGAGUGGGCUCCGACCCGGGACUCGAACCCCUGCCCUCCUUCGAGCAGCUUCAAGGGCUGGUGGCGUCAUCUCGGAGCUCGCUCGUGGCAUCGCCUGACGCAAUGCAGGCUGGCAUGUCGUACGGCGACUCUCAUCAACACGAGGACGUGUUCGCCGCCAUUAGCGAUGCGUUCGAUGAGGAGGAAGAAGAGAAGCCGGACAAGGACAUGUGUAGUUUCGUCGACAACCAUUCUCCGCACCACGGUGGGCUCAGCCGUUCUCCGGCCACGACGACCCUGACGCAGUCCCCGGCGAGCUUUGACCACGAAGUGGUGUGCGUACCAGAUUCGCCACCGCUUGUCGAAACCAAGGAAAUCAAGACUGAGCCAACUUACGAACAAAUGGACAUUCGGCAAAACACUGAAACUUCUGACAUGCACCGGACUGUGGAUAUGGUUGCACCGAUGAUGGUGUCAACCAUAGUGCAUUCGAACCAUCCGGCACAACCGAUUGGGCAUUCGGUUGUGCCUGAUGUUGGUAGUAGCACUAAACCUGCCGAUGUUCCGGAGGCUUCUUUGGAGACGAAGAAGCCAUUGGAAAGCAGCAGGAAUGAAGAAGUUCAAGUGUCUUCGUGUCGAGCUGCAGAAUGUGAUGAUGAUGAUGUGUUUUUAAGCCCUAUCCCAACAUGCCCCUUGCGGAGUCGACGGAAACACAGACCAGAGCCCCUGUACAUACCGCCCCACGUGAAUGCCAUCGGCUUCCCGAGCCGGCUGCGCUCGCCUCGUCUCUGGGACCCGUGUGGGGAGGCCGGAGGCUGCAAGGGCUCUGCUGGGGUCACCUCACCGCCCCCGUACACCCCACCUCCCAUGCUCAGUCCCCUGCGGUCGGGCUCCGGUCUCUUCUGGCACGUCUUCUCGGGACCCCGGUCGGCCGGACCAAUGACGCCUCACGCUAUCACUCCAAGGGAUCGGGUGAGCGCCGUCUACCCGCCAAGUAGUGGUGGAGGCAGCGGUGCAGUGCCCCAGUCACCCCUGGAGAGUCCAUGCGAGGCACCGCUUUCCGAAGAGGAGGGGGAGCUGGCUCCAGAGACGGACAUACUUCCGCACGUCAAUGUUGGUCCCCAGUUCCAAGCCCGGUUGCCCCCUUUAGAUGUCGAAGAUGCAUUGAAGUCCGAACACCGUGCUGACCUCGUCUGGGAUCCACGCAUUGGUGACCACUUAGCUGAUGACGAAGUGGAAAACUAUCUGGAGUUUGCAUGCUGUGCGGCUGUGCCUGGCGGAGGUCGGAACCGAGAGUAUGCCUUCCACGUAUUAGCGCUCUGCCAGGGCAAUCUGCAGGAGGCAACGUUGAGGUUGAUGGAGCGGGAACCGCGGCUGCCCGGGCACCACCCACUGCUGACGUAUCGCUACCCAGAGUGCCACCGUUGGAGCCGCGAGGAGAUGGAGCGCUUCCAGGAGGGGCUGGCCACUUUCGACAAGGACUUCCUGCACGUGGCCACCAAGGUUGGAACCAAGAAUGUACAGCAAUGCGUCGAGUUUUACUACGUGUGGAAGAAAGUGGCGCCAGAAGAGUAUCGGCGGCUGCGGUGUAUGCGGCGGCGGCGUGAGCUCGAUCAGGCGGCACCGGAAGAAGACGACAUGGAGGAAACGGCCGGCAGCCCGUCGGCCGUGCCUGCAGCCGUAGCCAAGCCAACGGUGCCCUCUUCGGAACCCGUGCAACCCUGCGAGCCUCCACAGGAGUUUCCGUGCAGACUCUGUGGCAGGGUGUUUGCCAAAGUGAAAAGCCGCAACGCCCACAUGAAGAGCCACGGGGCCCCUCGUUCGGUGGCCAGCAGCCGCUUCGAGUUCUGAGUGCCAGCGGCAGCGUCGCCGAUGCCUCCCCUUCGCUGUUGGUGCUGCUGCCCACUUUUGCUGCAAUUGCUCAACACCUGAGCCACGUGCUCUGGCCCACCGCCCUGGCCCACCCUCUGUCCCCCGUGUUGUCGUCUUCUUUGUACAUGGCUUGUAAAUACUAGGUUCUUCGUCGUUCUUUUUAAUUGGGGAGUCAUAACGAUCCCGUUGCCAAGGCCGUCCGGCGGGUCCUCGUUAUUUUUGUACUCGCGACGCGCAUUCUCCACAGAUUAAAGAAGAGAAGAUAUGCUGUUGACCA